CCACUGAGUCGGACACGCCAACGCCUUCGGUCGAAGCAAAGCAACAUCCGUCCAUAAUAAAAGCGGAAGCUUUGCUCUCAUCUUCUCCUCCGAUCCAAAUUCCAAACAAGCAAAAAGGCGGAGCAAGACCAAAGCGGCCAGUCUCUUGCAAGCCUCGCCGCCGUCGCCGCCGGCUGAUCAGCUCCGGUGCGUGCGUGCGUGCGAGCGGGAUGGGCAGCGGGAGGCCGGCUGCGUGGCGGACGUGCGCGGCGGCGGCGGUGGCUGCGUGCGCCGUGCCGGUGGCCUUGUCACUGGUGCUGCUCUGGCUGCCCCUGCUUUGCUGCGCCGUGGCCGUGGUCCGGUUCCGGCGGGCGAGGAGGAGGAUGAUGCAGAUGUGCGGCGGCAGCACAAGAGGCGGCGGGCGAUUUGGGGCGGUUGACGCCGGCGAUCGGCUGGGGCUGCUGCAGAAGUACCUCGAGGACCAGCUGGAGCUCGUCGGCGCGGAGGCAGGGGGGCUCCUCCGCGACCUCAGACAAGGGAAGUGCAGCGGUUGACGGUCGCGUUUCCUUGUUCUUUUUGGAGGUCUGUAGGAUGGCUAAUGUUUGGAAGAGGCCGAGACGAUUUUGGUCGUGUUUUGUGCUUUGUGAAAUGAAACAUCGAGAAAUUAGAGACUACUACUUUCUUUUUGCGAAAUUAGAGGAAUUAGAGACUACUGCUAGCAUUUCUUGUCACCGUGAUUAACAAGAUGGGAAAGAAAGAGAUCGGCUACUAAACUUAUGUUCUUUCUUUUGCUGAA